CGGCAUCUUUCUUUUUGUCUUUCCUUUUUCUUGCUGCAAGGGGGAGGGAAAUAUUGCUUCCUAUCCUGAGGGGAUAUUUCCUUUCUUUUUUUUUUCUCUUUUCUUUUUUCCCCCCCUUCAAUUUCCCAUCUUUUAUCCAUGGUAAGUUGUCCUCUUCUUUUUUUCUCCCUUCUCUCUUACCCCCCCAUCCAAGCUAUACCCAAUUGGCUUCCCAAGACCCUUCCAUCCCAAACGUCCCUUUCUUCCUUUUCGGUCUGAAGGGUGUGCUCCCCUUGCUUGGGAUGACGUACCCCCAUGGUGGUGAUUCCCUCAACCCAGAACUGACUGAUGCUGCGGCGAGGCUCGUGCCGUUGAUGUUUAAGCGGGCCGGUGGCUGAUUAUCAAAUAUGCACAGAGCAUCCUGCGUUGACCAACGGCUUUCCCCCUUCUCUCACGCCCCUCCCUUUUCCGAGCUUUGCCACGCACGCGCUACUAGUUUCUCCUGCCAUCGCAUCUCGUCCCGGCUCAGCGCAAACGAUGCCGGCCGCCGUCGAUGACCCGGCCAGCCCCACAAUCCACCGGGUGUCCGGCCAGGCACCGUUCCCGGACCCGAACAACCCGAUUCUGCCGCCGGACAUUGUGCCUCGCCAGGUGACGCUGCGAGACCGCCAGACCGUGGCCACGAUUGUGCCCUUUGCGUCGCGCCACCAGAUCCCCGUGUCGCUGGUCGUGUACCUGUGCGCGCAGAUCAACAAGGAGAUUGAUGGCGGCGACACGUACCCCCUGAUGGACCCCUUUACGGCCGAUGGCUUCGCCGACUUCUGGUUCCAGAACUUUGGCGCCGUCAUGCUGCUGGGGAGCAUCGAGGGCGCGCAUCAGCUGCUCGAUGGCAAGGACUGGGCCAAAGAGUGUCUGGGCAGCUUCUACAUCCGGCCCAACUACCCCGGCCGCAGCAGCCAUGUGUGCAACGGCGGCUUCCUCGUCACGGACGCGUCUCGUAACCGCGGUGCUGGUCGCUUGAUGGGCGAGGCGUACAUUGACUGGGCGCCGCGGCUGGGCUACACCUACAGCGUCUUCAACCUCGUGUACGAGACCAACGUGGCGUCGUGCAAGAUCUGGGAUGCGCUGGGCUUUAAGCGCAUUGGGCGAGUUAAGGGGUGCGGAAACCUCAAGAGCUACCCCGACCGUCUCAUUGACGCCAUCAUCUACGGACGAGAUCUGGCUCCUGGCGAAACCGAGGAGCUGGUAAGUGAAGAGCGCUUCGACAAGAUCAAGUACUACCUCAAGUACGGCAAAUAUCCCAACGGCGCAGACCGCGCUGAGAAGAGCCGUCUGCGCAGUGCGGCGACGCACUACAAGCUGCUCGACGGGGACAAGCUCAUGCUCAAGGACAAGGAGGUCAUAUCCGACCCGGCGCGGCAGUACGAGAUUGCGCGCAGCGUGCACGUCAUGCACCACGGCGGCAUCAACAAGACGACGGCCACCAUUGCGGAAAAGUACCACUGGAGCCGCAUCAAGGAGACUGUCAGCGACGUGAUCCGAGCCUGCGCCGAGUGCAAGGAGCUGGGCAAGACGCCG